AUGGCAUCUCCAUUCUUCCCAUCUCUUACCAAAAUAUGGCACGGCGAGUCAUACCCUGACAUAUCGCCAUCACGUCCUGAGCUUUCAGCCGCAAACAAGACCGUUGUCAUCACUGGCGGCGGCAGCGGCAUUGGCGAGAGCAUCGCAAAGGCUUUUGCAGCCGCUGGAAGUACCAAGAUAGCAAUCGUGAGCCGAACAGAAAAGAAUCUUCUAGCGACUAAAAAGUCCAUCGAAGUGGAAUUUCCAGGUUCCCAGGUCCUGGCCGCCCCUGCCGACAUCACCAAUAAGGAGCAAGUAGAUGCCGCGUUCGCCAAGAUCUUCAAUGACUUUGGCAAGAUCCACGUCCUUGUCUGCAACUCCGCGUAUCUGCCGGUCUCCAAAUCUGUGCUCAGCGCGGACUUUGACUUGACAGACUGGUGGAGCACCUUCAACACCAACAUCCUCGGAGGACUAUACACGUUCCAGGGAUUCGCCAAAUACGCGGCCGAGGGGGCACAUGUCCUCCAUAUCUCGACAGCCAUCGCUCACAUGCCGCCGCUCGAGCCUGGAGUAUCUGCCUAUGCCGCAAGCAAAAUAGCUGCCACGAAGUUGUUUGACUACAUUGCGAUCGAGAAUCCGGGACUACAUGUUGUUAACGUGCAUCCCGGGCUCAUUGAAAGCAAGAUGAGUCAAAGAAGCGGCCACGGCGGCAUGGAUCAUAUCGACUUGCCUGGCCACUUUUGCUUGUGGCUGGUUAGCCCGGAGGCCGGCUUUCUCAAGGGGAAGUUUGUGUGGGUGAAUUGGGAUGUGAAUGAGUUGAAGGCGAGAAAGGAUGAGAUUCUCAACACUGAUCUCUUGAACACGAAGCUGAGCGGGAUUUCCUUUACGGGGUGGAGAACCGGAGCAUUGGACGAUGUCUGA